AUGGUGGCGGGGAGUCGGUUGCGCAAGGAGCUCUCCGUGGCCGCAUCCAUCGUCAUCGACGACGACGUCUCGGGCCCAUCGGAGUCACACGGGCAGCUGCCGUGCGCCAUCUGCCAGCAGGCCAUCGGGGUGGACGCGGAGGGGCGCGAGUUCGUGCCGUGCGAGUGCGCCUACCGCAUCUGCCGCCCGUGCUACGAGUACAUCCGCGCCCACGAGGGCAACCGCUGCCCCCAGUGCCUCUCCAAGUACCGCCGCCUCGCAGGCAGUCCGCCAGUGGACGAUGAUCCACCAGAGGAGGUCAUCCGCCAUCUCGAAGAGUCCAUUCCCGACGCCCCUGCGCCUGCCCCCCCCGCCAUUGCCGCCCCUGCUCCCCCUCUCCCCAGUCCCUCUGCCCUCCCCGCACCCCACACCCUCACUUCCUCCCCUCUCCCACCGUCGUCCGUGCCUCUCGCCUCGCCACUCUCCUCCUCUGCGCCUCACCUGGCUCUGGAAGCCUCGUCGUCCUCCCCUUCAUCUGCAUCCCACGCGUCCGCAUCACCAGCAGCAGGGCCUGUUGAUGGUGGUGCUGGUGGUGGUGGCGUCACUGGUGGUGGCGUAGGUGGUGGUGAUGCUGGCGCUAGUGCGGGCAUUGGUGGUGGUGGGGGCAGUCCGGGUGGAGGGGGGGACGAGAGCCCCUCAGCAGGCAGUGCGGGCAGCCCCUCCAGCUACGGCUAUGGCAGCAUCGUCUGGUUCACCCCCCGCCGCCAGUGGUCCGCCUUGGCUCCUAGUGGGGAGGCUGCUUCUGCUGCAGGUGUUUCUGCUGCAAGUGUUGCUGGUGCUGCUGCGGGUGCUGCUGCUGCUGCUGCUGCGGGUGCUGCUGCUGCUGCUGGUGCUGGUGGAGGUGGUGUGGCUGAGGGUGGCCCCUCCACGGCCAUUAUCCCGGUGCAUGAUUCUAACACCUCUGCAAGCGGGGUAGGGGGUGGCGAUGGGGGCCUGGCCACCCAAUCCCUCCACACCCCCCAUUCUUUCCUCUCGCAUGCUCUGCCUUAUCCUGUGUUGAUAGUUGCACAUGAGCCCACUUGUCGCCAUCUCACUUUCCGAUCUCUCCUCACGCCGCUGCUCUGUGCCAUUGCCACUCCGCCACCUGUAUCAUCUGCUCUCCUCACUCUGCUCCUUGUUCACUGCCCGGCUCGUCCCUGUCGCAGAGUGGACGACACACGCCGCCCCUUGUCGCGCAAGGUGCCAGUGCCGUCCAGCAUGCUCAAUCCCUACAGGUUCGCGGUGGUGGUGCGCUUUGUUGUGAUGAUUCUAUUCUUCAAGUUCCGAGUCACCAACCCCAACAACUCCGCCUUCCUGCUCUGGCUUGCCUCCGUCGUCUGCGAGAUCUGGUUUGGAAUCUCCUGGAUAUUUGACCAGCUGCCCAAGUGGUCGCCGAUCACGCGAGAGACCUUCCUCAACCGCCUCUCCCUCAGGUAUGAGCAGGAGGGGCGGCCGUGCGAGCUGCCACAAGUGGACGUGUUUGUGUCGACAGCCGACCCGUUCAAGGAGCCACCUCUCGUGACGGCCAACGUGAUCCUCUCCGUGCUCGCUGCUGACUACCCCGUCGACAAGGUGGCGUGCUAUCUAUCAGACGAUGGAGCGUCCAUGCUCACAUUCGAGGCGCUGAUGGAGACGGCCAACUUCAGCCGCCUCUGGGUGCCGUUCUGUCGCAAGCACACCAUUGAGCCGCGCGCCCCUGAGAUGUACUUCGCUGGCGGGGUUGACUACCUGCUGGGGAAGGUCAAUGCGGACUUUGUCAAGGAGAGAAGGCGGAUGAAGCGCGAGUACGACGAGUUCAAGGUGCGCAUGAACGCGCUGGUGGUGAAGGCGCAGGACAGCCCUCGCGACGGGUGGACCAUGCCCGAUGGCACUGCCUGGCCCGGCAACGACCGCUCCGACCACGUCGGCAUGAUCCAGGUAUUUCUGCAGCCCAACGGAGAGACUAAGGACGUCAAUGGCGACCCACUUCCCUACCUGGUGUAUGUGUCGCGGGAGAAGCGCCCCAACUACGACCACAACAAGAAGGCUGGAGCCAUGAAUGCCAUGAUGAGGGCAUCGGCGCUGCUGACCAAUGCGCCCUUCAUCCUCAACCUGGACUGCGACCACUACGUCAACAACUCCGCCGCCAUCCGCGAGGCCAUCUGCUUCCUAGCAGACCCGCUGAAGGGCGGGCGGGUGUGCUUUGUGCAGUUCCCGCAGCGCUUUGAUGGCGUGGAUAAGAGCGACCGCUACGCCAACCACAACACUGUUUUCUACGAUGUGAACAUGAAGGGGCUGGACGGGCAGCAGGGGCCCAUGUAUGUGGGCACGGGAUGUGUCUUCCGCCGCCAGGCCCUCUACGGCUUCGACCCGCCCCCCAAGACCCCGACCAAGCGCCGCACGUGCUGCUCCCUCUGCCCCUCGUGGCUCUCCGGCCGCCCCUCCCCCGUGCGCCUGCCGUCCCAUCUCGCUGCUGGCAGAGCUGCUGCUGGGGGAACACAGCAGGGGGGGCUGGGGGAAGAUGGGGCAGGCGCGUUCACGUAUGGGGGGAGGGCCACGGAGGACCCCCAUGAGGUGUUGAGUGACGUCAUCUUGGUGAUCUCGUGUGGGUACGAGGACAACACCGAGUGGGGCACCAGUUGCGGGUGGGUGUACGGCAGUGUAACAGAGGACAUAGUAACAGGGUACAAGAUGCACACACGUGGCUGGCGCUCUGUCUACUGCAUGCCGCCCCGCCCCGCCUUCAAGGGCUCAGCACCCAUCAACAUGACCGAUCGGUUGGCGCAGGUGCUGCGGUGGGCGACGGGGUCGGUGGAGAUCUUCUUCUCGCAGCACAACCCCGUGUGGGCCGACUGCUGCUCCCACCUCAAACCCAUCCAGCGCAUCGCCUACAUGAACACGGCGCUGUACCCGUUCACGUCCAUCGCCCUCACAGUCUACUGCUUCCUGCCCGCCAUCAGCCUCUUCUCCGGCCAGUUCAUCGUGCCCAAUAUUGACAACUGGGCGGUGCUUUACUUCCUCGCGCUCUUCCUCUCCAUCUUCGCCACUGCUCUGCUGGAGAUUCGCUGGAGCGGAGUGUCGUUGGAGGAGUGGUGGCGCAACGAGCAGUUCUGGGUGAUUGGAGGCACCUCUGCACACUUUGCCGCCGUCAUGCAGGGGCUGCUGAAGGUGGUGGCGGGGGUGGAGGUGCAUUUCACGCUCACCUCCAAGGCCUCGCAGGACAUGGAGGAUGAGCUCGCAGAGCUCUACACUGUCAGGUGGACAUGGCUGUUCCUCAUCCCGCUCACCAUCAUCAUUGUGAAUGCAUUUGCCAUCCUGGCGGGAGUGGCGCACGCCAUCAACAACUGGCAGUCCACCGACUCCUCUAUCAGCGGAUACGGCCACCCCAUCAAGGCGCCCACCUCCAAUGCAGACCAGAUCGGUCAACUUGUCGGCCAAGUGUUCUUCUCUGUCUGGGUUCUUCUGCAUCUGUACCCUUUUACUAAGCCCGCCAUGGACGCGCGUCGCGUAUGCACGAACGUUGCGGCAUUGGCGCUGGUGCUGCUCGUCGCGACACCCGAGAUCAUCUCUGACUCAGGCUUCCAGACCACCAGCGCCGUCCCCUACCGCCGCGAGCUAAGAAAGCCUCAAGGACCGCUGCAAUACAACGUGCAGGAGACCAUGCAGCUGCUGCAGGAAUCAGCCUCACUCGUCAACCGCGCCGCGCACCUGCUGCACGCCGAUGCCUCCCCCCUCGCCUCCUCCUUCUGGCUCCGGCCAGCCGCCGUCGCUGUGGGCAGCCCGGCCGGGGGGGAUGCGCGCGCUGGGGAGGCGGGGGGGCGCAAGUACUACGUGAAUUUGGUGCAGACGGGGCGCGCGCUGCAGAACGCUGUGGUGCUGCUGCGGCAGAAGCAGCGGCGGCUGGUGAUGGGGCAGAUCAACAACGCCAUGGCCGCGAUUGACGGCGUGAAGGUCGUGCUGGUGCCGCGCGAAGAUCGCCAGGUGUUAGAGCAUCUCAACGUCGCACGGCGAUUCGCAGAGCAUGCGAAGCUGUCGUUCAUGGGGCAAGAACAGCGCGAUUGA